AUGUCUCAGGAGGUGACUCGUGCUGAGUCCAUCGAGGAACAGCAGCGUGCAAGGGAGGAUGGCGACAAGAAGUCAAAGUCUCGUCGACCAGCCAAUACUGCUUUCCGCCAACAAAGAUUGAAAGCAUGGCAACCGAUCCUAACCCCUAAAAGCGUUCUACCUCUGUUUUUCAUCGUCGGCGUUAUCUUUGCCCCGAUUGGCGGUGUUCUCCUCUGGGCAAGCUCUCUAGUCCAAGAAAUUUCCAUCGAUUACUCCGACUGCUCUAGACAGGCACCGACCGACAGCUAUGCUUCCGUUCCUCAUUAUUCGGCGACCUUCAAGUCUUCUAAAGCCAUAUCGGCGCCCACCUGGCGCAAGUCCGUCAAUGAGUCUGACUCGGGCGCCGUUACUUGCACUCUUCUUUUCGAGGUUCCGAAUGAGCUUCCAGCACCGGUUUUCAUGUAUUACCGCCUCACCAACUUCUAUCAAAACCACCGCCGAUAUGUCCAGUCCCUUGAUUUAAAUCAGCUGAAAGGAGAUGCUGUCUCCUACAAUACCAUCAAGGGUGGCACAUGUGACCCAUUAGCGGUCAACACCACGGCAGAGAAGGUAUACUAUCCAUGUGGACUGAUUGCAAACUCGUUCUUCAACGACACGAUUGGGAGACCGCAAAUCCUAGAUCCGAAUGCAUCCGAGAAUGAAAAACAGUAUUAUGAAAUGACCACCAAAGGCAUUGCGUGGGACAGUGACAAGAAACUCAUCAAAAACACGAAGUACAAUAUGGAUGACGUACUGCCGCCACCAAACUGGGUCUGGGCCAGCGAGAACGGUGUCUAUAAAGAGAAUCCCAAUUUACAUGAAAAUGAAGCUUUCAUGGUUUGGAUGAGAACGGCUGGUUUGCCAUCGUUCAGCAAGCUUUCCCGCCGUAACGAUACUCACGGCAUGCCUGCUGCCAAAUAUUCCAUCGAGAUUAUUGAUCGUUUCAAUGUCACCGAAUACGAUGGAACCAAGUCGAUCCUGAUCUCUACCCGAACAGUGCUUGGAGGCAAGAAUCCCUUCAUGGGAAUCGCCUAUGUGGUUGUGGGUGGAAUUUGCGUUGUUCUCGGGGCUUUGUUUACUGUUGCGCACUUGGUGCGUCCGAGAAAACUUGGCGACCACACCUAUCUUACUUGGGAUUCCAAUCAACCGAGCGCUGCCAUCGCCACGGGACGGGAUAAUGCCCCUUGA